UUUUACUUCCGGGUAGAUGUUCGCGAAAUACAUGUGGAGAGUGAUUACAUGCUUCUUCCUUGAGUUGUCAAAUUUGUUAGCAAAAUUUUCGUUUUUCUUCUAAAACACAAAACGAGUGUUGGUACUUCGUGCACAGGCAGACAGAAUAGAUUUUGCCUACUACAGAAACGUAUCUCCUAAUGCUCACCCACGCCUCACUCAAUAUCCCCAAAUAACCUUAUUUUCAGUCCUCAAAUUUUGUGGAUAUUCCCCGGCAGAGAGAUGGAUGGCAAUGUGAAAGAAAAGAGGAAACAUCAGCAGAAACACAGUGGGCCAAAGGCGGAAAGAAAGAAACUGAGGAAACAGGGAGACUCAACAGAGAAGGAUGAACGCAAACGCAACCCCAAAGCCUUUGCAGUACAGUCUGCUGUACGCAUGGCCAAGACCUUCCACAGGUCGCAGGACAUAAAGACCAAAAAACACCACAUCCCCCUGGUUGAUCGCACACCCCUGGAGCCUCCUCCAGUGGUGAUUGUCGUCGUCGGACCCCCCAAGGUGGGGAAAAGCACCCUGAUCCGUUGCCUGAUCAAAAUCUUCACGCGUCAGAAGCUUGGAGAUAUAUGUGGCCCUGUAACCAUCGUCUCAGGGAAGAAACGGCGUCUCACUUUCAUGGAGUGUAACAAUGACAUAAAUACCAUGAUCGACCUUGCAAAAGUAGCUGAUCUGGUUCUGAUGUUGAUAGAUGCCAGCUUUGGCUUUGAAAUGGAAACGUUUGAGUUUCUCAACAUCUGCCAAGUGCAUGGUUUCCCUCGCAUCAUGGGUGUGCUCACUCACCUGGAUUCCUUUAAGAACAACAAGGCUCUAAGGAAGACCAAGAAAACUUUAAAACAUCGCUUCUGGACAGAAGUCUACCAGGGUGCCAAGCUUUUUUAUCUGUCUGGCAUGGUGUACGGGGAGUAUCAAACACAGGAAGUGAAGAACCUCGGCCGCUUCAUCUCCGUCAUGAAAUUUCGUCCUUUGGUUUGGCAGACAUCCCACCCUUAUUUGCUUGUUGAUCGCAUGGAGGAUUUGACUGACCCCGAAACGAUUCGAACGGACUCAAAGUGUGAUCGGAGAGUGUCGCUCUAUGGCUACUUGCGAGGCACAUAUUUGAAAAACAAAACCCAGGUCCAUAUUCCAGGUGUUGGAGACUUCGAGGUUGCAGAUGUGAACUUUCUGCCUGACCCCUGUCCACUUCCAGAUGCUCAGAAGAAAAGGGCACUGAAUGAGAAGGAGCGGCUGCUUUACGCACCCAUGGCUGGAGUCGGUGGGGUGGUGUAUGACAAAGACGCCGUGUACAUCGACCUUCCUGCAUGCCAUGUUCUUCAAGACCAGGAGGUGAUGAGACCCAGCACAGAGCUUGUCCAGUCUCUUAUUGAUACACACGCCACUCUAGAUGCCAAGAUGGCUGCCAGCAAAGUGACCCUCUUCAGUGGUUCUGCGACUCUGGACUCGGCAGAUGUCAACGCACAGAGCAGAGAAAACGAAGGCCUCACGGAGGAGCGUAUUUGGGAUCCGAUGAGCCACCGAGAGAGAAGAAAGGUGAUCUUCAACGAAGAAGAGGAAGAUGACAAAGGGGACUCCAGUGGUGAUGAUGAUGAAGACAAUGACGACAGUGACGCUGAGGAGCAGAAUGAGGCGCAUGAAAAUUUUAAAUCUUCAAGUGAUCAAGAUGGACCAACGAUAAAGAAACGCAAGCUGGAGAUGAAAAAAGACGUUGUGGAAGGAGCGGCCGAGUUGCCCGUUUUUGCCGACAGUGACGAUGACCUGGAGAUGAGUGGCGACGAAGAGGAAGCUGGUGGAGUGGGUGACUCUGGGCAUUGCUCCGAAGAAGAUGAGGAUGAAGUAGGGAGUCAUGAUGAUGAUGUUGAUGAAGAGUGCGAAGAGGAAACUCAAAUCACAAUGGAAAAGACAGCGAGCGAAAGCCAAGAGGAAACCCAAGAAGAGAUCGGGGCUCUGCGGUGGAAAGAUUGUCUGCAGCAGAAGGCAUCUGAAACAUUUUUACGCCACCAAGAAGCUAUGCCCAACCUGCGAAAACUGGUCUACGGUUCAGUUGCUGAGGCAAAAGAGGAGGAUGACGACGACGAGGAGUUGGGAGGACUCUUUCAUGUCAACCGCGCUCAGAAGAGUAGAAGGUUUCAAGCAAAUGGUCUUGAUUGUUCCCAUUUUAACCCCGAUUCCUCCCGCAACUGGGAUCUGGAGGAGAUGCUGAACUCCAUACGGGAUUGCUUUGUAACGGGGAAAUGGGAGGAGGGCCAAGAUGCCGCCACACUCCUGAAGGAACAUGACGAGGAGUACGGAGAUUUUGAGGAUCUGGAAACGGGCGAAGUCCACAAAGGGGCUCAGGAUAAAGCUGAGAAUAGUGAGAGCGAUGACGACGAUAACAACGAAGAGACUCCGAUGAAGGAGGAUAAGGGUGAAGUCCAGAAAAACAAGCGCUUGGAUAAAAAACGGAGGCUGAAAGAACGAUUUGAUGCCGAGUACGACGACGGAGAUGCCACUUACUUUGACGACCUCAAGGAGGAGAUGCAGAAGCAAGCCGAGUUGAACAGGGCAGAGUUUGAGGAUUUAGACGACGAGUCGAGAGUGCAAUAUGAAGGAUUCCGGCCAGGAAUGUACGUCAGAUUGGAAAUCUCCUCGCUACCUUGUGAAUUUAUCACAAAUUUUGAUCCUCACUAUCCCAUCAUCCUCGGUGGUUUGGGCUCCAAUGAGGGGAGCGCUGGAUAUUUACAGAUGAGACUGAAGAAACACCGCUGGUAUAAUCGCAUCUUGAAGACACGAGACCCACUCAUACUAUCGCUAGGCUGGCGUCGCUUCCAGACCAUGCCCCUUUACCAUAUCGAGGAUCACAACGGGCGACACCGGCUUCUUAAAUACACACCACAGCACAUGCACUGCGGUGCCUCCAUCUGGGGUCCAAUUACACCGCAAGGAACGGGAUUCCUGGCUCUGCAAUCAGUAACCGGAAUUAAUGCCAAUUUCCGGAUUGCAGCAACCGGGGUUAUCCUCGACCUGGAUAAGUCGGUGACUGUUGUCAAGAAGCUCAAACUCAUCGGGUACCCGUACAAGAUCUUUAAGAACACAUGUUUCAUAAAGGGCAUGUUCAAUACAGUGCUGGAAGUGGCCAAAUUUGAAGGGGCCUCUAUAAGAACAGUGUCAGGCCUCAGGGGUCAAAUCAAGAAAGCAAUGUCAACGCCAGCAGGAUCCUUUCGAGCUACAUUUGAGGACAGGGUGCUUAUGAGUGAUAUUGUGUUCCUGCGCUCCUGGUGCAAAGUGUCCGUUCCACAGCUCUACAACCCUAUCACGUCUCUGCUGCUCCCUGUGGGUCAGAAGGACAGCUGGGCUGGCAUGAGGACCCUAGGGCAGCUCAAACACGACCUGGGAAUUCGCAACAAACCCAAUCAAGACUCUCUGUACAAGCCUGUGGUCCGUACAAAAGCCCAUUACAAUCCCCUCCACAUCCCCAAAGCACUGCAGAAGGCUCUUCCCUACAAGAGCAAACCAAAACUGAUGCAAGGGAAAGGAAAGACGCCGAGAGACCUCCAGAGGCCCACCGUGAUCAGAGAGCCUCACGAAAGGAAGGUGGCGGCUCUCCUCCACGCUCUCGGUACAGUCCAUCAGUACGACACGAAGAAAGCGCACGCAGUGAAACAUGCCAAACACAAGGAGUUCCUGCAACAGAAAGACAAGGAGGAGGAGGCCAAAUUGAAGAGACAGAAGGAAGCACGUAAAAAACUUUAUCGCGCCAUGGGCCAGAAGGACCAAAAGAAACUAAAGUCAAGUCUUAAAGGGGCAUCAUCACAAGAUUUCUAAUAAGACAUGGUUUCACUCAUUUUAGUUGGUAUUAAAUUAUGUAAAGGUGAUCCAAUCUUGUUUUAUUACAACAUAAUAAAUUGGUUGUCAGUGUGACUGUGAUUGAUUUAUGAUCACUCAUGAUGUGAAUGGAGGCUGUCAAAACAUUACUUUAUAUCAGGAAUUAAAAUUGUACAGAGGUAAAUGAUUGACCAGUA